AUGUCGAUGGCACCACCACCACCAACUGUCCGGGCUCCUCUGACGAUUCUGAGCUGCGAGUCCACCGAGAACCAUGUUCCUCUGGAUGACUCCAUCGAGCAACGCUUCCCCAAGGUGAAAGUGGACUGGGUCGGUGAGCGAGUCCGCGUAGAGAGCGUCUGCGACUGCAACGGUGGAUGCCGGUUCACUCGUGAAGAAGGUGUACUCGGAGCCGUUGAAGUCAUCGCCAAGCUUACCUCUGCUUUGUAG